AUGAGCGACAAAGACAAGCCGGACAUCUACGACGUCGUCGUUCUUGGAGCCGGCCUCUAUGGCAUCCAGGCAGCUCGAUGCUAUCUGGAUAUACACCCUACGGCGAAACUGGUGAUUUUGGAAGGUGACGACGUGGUGGGCGGAACGUGGAGCUCGAAGCGUAUCUACCAAUCCUUCUGGACCCAGACUCCCAUCGGCAUGGCCGAGUUCUCAGACCGCCCCAUGACACCCCCUCCAUUAGAAGACCAAUACUACGGUUUCUUUCCUGCCAAAUACGUGACCGAGUAUCUAGAAUCCUACGUCGACGACCAUGCAUACAACGCCCAAACUUUGGGCUCCAGGAUCAGCUUCGGUACCCAAGUCGAACGCCUUGAGAGAUAUACUGAAGGCUCCUGGACAAUCACUUGUCAUAGGGGAAGGAUUCUCCAUGCAGAUAAAGUAAUCGACUGUACAGGCAUGACAUCCGAACCGCACGUCCCUGAUAUCCCAGGUAAAGACCGAUUCGAAGGCCUGAUGAUUCACCACAAAGACUUUGGCCAAUCCAGCUUCCUCUCCGAUCCUUCAAGACAUCACAUCGCGGUCCUGGGCGGCGCAAAAUCCGCCUCGGACGUCGCAUAUGCCUGCGCGAAAGCCGGCAAGGAUGUUCAUUGGAUUAUUCGGGAAGAUGGUGGAGGUCCAGGAGCAUUGCUGUCUGCGGAGGGAAAAGGAGGGUAUGCUAGCUCAAUUGACGGCUUUUAUACUCGACUCGUUGUUCCCCUUUUGCCGAACCCGUUCUCCAAGAGUUCUUACUUUUCAAACUUCUUACACUGUACCAAAGUAGGUAGAUGGUUCUUUGAAAAGCUGUGGAAUAUUGUAGAUGAGGACCAGAGGGCGAAAGCAGACUUUCAUAGAGACGAAGGGCAAGCGAUGGGGUUUCAAAAUCUCGAACCUGAUACAGCCAUGUUCUGGCAGAACGAUAGCCCCGGAAUCAACCAACGUCCAGACUUUUUCUCCACCAUUGCGCAGAACGUCAGUGUUCACCGCCAAUCCAUUGAACAUCUUUCGCCCCGUUCCAUAACUCUCGAGCCAAAUGUCGCAGCAGAAAACAAUGCUCGUCACAUUCUGGUCGAUGUUGUUGUCUUAUGUACAGGCUGGGACCCCGUGUCUCGAAUAUUCCCGCCUCGUGAUGCUGUGAAGCUAGGCCUUGCGGUGCCUUUGUCAGAGCAGGACCAAGAGGAGGAAGCAAAGUGGCGGGCGCUGGAGGGGGCCAAAGACCGAGAUAUACUGCGCCGCUUUCCGUUUCUUGCACGGACUCCACCCUAUCGCCCGGCACAACCCUCGCAUACGCCUUUUCGUCUUUACAAAGCCAUUGCCCCUCCAUCAGAUAUAGACAGUCACUCUAUCGCUUUUCUUGGUAAGAUGGUCGUGGGUAAUAACUUUCGCGUGGCAGAGGUGCAAGCGUUGUGGGCUGUGGCCUACCUCGAUGGCAAGUUGAAGCUCGAUAGGUCGCGCAUUGAGGAAGAGAUCGUAGAAACGGUGACUUGGUGUCGUAGGCGAUAUUUAAAUAAGGGGCAGCUGGGAAGCUGGUUCCCGCUGGAUACUUUGGCCUACACAGACAUGCUUCUAGACCAGCUACGGUUGAGCAGUCAUCGGAGGAAAGACUGGAUAAAGGAUUUAGUGGCGCCAUGCGUGGCUGCUGACUUGCAGGGCCUCAUUGCUGAGUAUAAAGAAUUGUAUUCUGGGUGA